GCAGUGCUGCUCCCAGCCCGCCAGUCGCGGUCUCCGGCGCCAGCUACGCCGCUGCCGCUGUCACUAUGGCCCAUUACAAAGCCGCCGACUCGAAGCGUGAGCAGUUCCGGAGGUACUUGGAGAAGUCUGGGGUGCUGGACACGCUGACCAAGGUGUUGGUAGCCUUAUAUGAAGAACCAGAGAAACCUAACAGUGCUUUGGAUUUUUUAAAGCAUCACUUAGGAGCUGCUACCCCAGAAAAUCCAGAAAUAGAGCUGCUUCGCCUAGAACUGGCUGAAAUGAAAGAGAAAUACGAAGCUAUUGUAGAAGAAAAUAAAAAACUGAAAGCAAAGCUUGCUCAGUAUGAACCACCUCAGGAGGAGAAGCGUGCUGAAUAGGAUUCUUCUCAGUUGAAAGACAAUGAAAAAUGGUUUUGUAUGACUUGAAUAGUUUGUAUAGUAUAUAAUCUUUUCUGAACAGAUGCUAUAGAACUCUUUUAAUAUGUUUAAUUCACCUGUCACAUUCUGUUAAAAACACAUAGAAUCAUCAAUAAAAACUCAAUAUAACUUUCUUUGGGUCUUAAAGCAGGAGAAUCCAAAGUAAAUCCUGAAAAAACCUAAACACAGCCAUCUAACUCAUUACCUUAAAAGACAUUCUGUUUAUUAGUCUGAUUAGGAAUGAUGGCACUGGUUGUAUUUUAGCCAAGGCAGUUUAGCAUGGAGCUAUUCCUUGGUGUAGUUCAGGAUAUGAACACAGGUACAGUCAUUCUUUGAAGGUGACAGUGUUGUGUAUAUUCCCUAUAGGCAGCUGGAGAGAUCUGUGUGACACAAGAUGCUUUUGUACGGGAUCUGUGUGACACAAGAUGCUUUUGUACGGGUUCUCAUGAGUCUUCUGCUCUUGUUUGUGUAACAUGGAACACACAACUCUUCUUUGCCACCACUUUGCCUUAGAAAACUGUGUGUGUGUGCCAGUUUGAACUCUGACACCACAUUUUCCUUCUAUGCAAUCACGGCUUGUCUGAUAAUCUUGGAUUGGUUUGCUCUGAGCUUUAGUGGGUCCUAGUUGCACACUGGCCUUUCUGCUGUUUUUCAAUUUGCCUAAUAAUAGCAGUUACCCUCAUUGUAAUUUAUGUAACUUUAAACAGGAUCAUACUGUACCCCCUGCCUGCCAUAUCUGCUUACUGAGCACAGAACAGAGGCAAUAUACAACUCUGGGUUCACACGAGCUGGGAUGAGAAGAGGAAUGAGCCAUAUAUUGUGGAAAAUCAUAGUUUGUAGGUAUAAUUAUACAGUGCUUUUUUCCCCCUCAAAGUAUUUUUCUAGCCCUGGAUUCAUUUUAUUAUUCAUUUUAUUAUUGUGAUGUAGGUGGGGCAAGUAUGAGGGGAAGUUGGGUGCUGAAUUUUUAGGCCAAAGACUGAUAUUAAUACAAAUCACUCACUAACUGUAGAGCCUUGGGCAUAUCAGUGAACUGCUCUGAGAUUUACCGUCUUCAUCUGUUUAAUGAGAAGAAUAUCCGUGAUGCCUACCUCACAGGGUUGUUGUGAGGGUCAAAUGAGAAUGUAUGUGAAAGAUUUGUAAAUGGUAAAGCACUAUAUUCUUGUUUGUUA